AUGGGGUACAGCACCUCACUCGAGGCCGGCGAGCUGCAGGCCCAGGAGGACCUGGACAAGCCCACGAGGAGGAGGAGGAGGAAGAAGAGCGAGGCCAGCGAGCUGCAGGCCCAGGAGGACCUGGACAAGCGCAGGAGGAAGAAGAAGAAGAAAGAGAAGAAGGGGAGACAGCCGUCCGCUGAGCCGGCGCCGGGGCCGGUCCCCCAGGAGAGCGGGGCUGCUGCCGCCUCGGGGGAGAGGAAAGGGGGGGUCAGACCAGGUCCCCCCACCUCCUCGGACAGCAGCAGCGACGAGGAGCCCCGCUCCAGCAGUGCGAGCGCCAAAACCAGCUCCGCCGCCCAGCAGGGCGACCGAGCCCAGAGUGGGCCGAGCAGCUCGGUCCCGGGCGGGAGGGCAGCGGCCGGCCGGCGCCCCUCGGACUCUCCCGGGAGCACGGGGCCCGGUCCGGAGAGGGGGUCCCCCGAGCGGGCCGGGGAGGCCCCUGUCCCCCGGGCCAGGGCGGAGAGCUCCAGCUCGGACAGCAGCAGUGGGGACGAGCCGCUCAUCAGGCACCCGGGUCUCAGGGGAGGUGACGCGGACCGGGCCCCCCGGGGUGUCGCAGGGGCCGCCCGGGGCUUGGGCAGGGGUCCUGCGCCAGGGGCCGGGGGGGUGAGGGGCCGGGGGGACGGCAGGUUCCCCUGGAGGGGGCUUGGACCCAGGGGGGGCCGCGGGAGGGCGAGAGCAGGGCCCAGGAACCACGUGUACUACAACUACAACGGGGGCGAGCAGCAGCACGACGGCGACGCCCUGACGAACUCGUCUGUGGUGCUGCAGAACCCUGCUGCCGAUGCCCCCAAGAGAGACUACAGUCUGCUGCCCCUGCUGGCCGCCCCUCCUGCUGUCGGACAGCUGAUUGCCUUUAAGUUGCUGGAGCUGACUGAAAACUACUCGCCGGAGGUCUCCGACUACAAGGAGGGGAGGAUCGUCGGCUUCGACCAGAGCACCAGGCAGCUGGAGCUGGAGCUGCUGUCGUCCGCCCCAGCAGCCCCAGCCGAGCCGGGGAAGUUCGAUCUGGUGUACCACACGCCCGACGGCGCCGAGAUCGUGGAGUACGCCGUCUCGCGGGGCUCUAAGCUGACGGAGCGCUGGGACUCUCUGCUGGAGCCGCGGCUGAUCGUGGACGGCGCAGAGGGAGGCCUGGCCGGCGCCGCAGACUGACCAGGAGUCCGGGCCGCGACGCCGCUCGCCUCGAGGAAACUCCCUUUUAGGACUUUUUUUUUUUAAUACUGUGAACUGGUUUAUAGCGGCUCUUACUGCAAUAAGAGUGCUUUUUUGUAUAAAGUUACAAUUGAGCAAGUUUUAGUUAAUAAAUGUUCCUUUUCAAAGCUA